CCAACACCUCCGGACGUGGAAUGGAUAACACAACCAACCCCUAUGGCCGUUGACGAAUCCGAGAAUCCCGAUGCCAUCGCCGUCAAGGCCGCAAUAUCGGUCUUGCAGAUCCAACGGGCAAAGGCGCAAAAGGAUAUCCAAUCCCUAGCUCGUAUCCGCGACCGCGCAGUCGAUGAUCCCGUGGAGUUUGCGCAAGCUAUGCAGCAACGAGCACGAAGUGGCCGUGGUGAAGAGUCUCUUCUGGAUCCGACACUGGACGAUUGGAAGGACGAAGAAAGUACUACAGGUGACGAUGUUGCGAUGACAGGCGCGGAAGAAUAUGGAGAGAGUCCAGUCGACAGCAACCUCCCAGCACGACCAGGUUCAGAUGCCACCUUUUCGGAGCUUCCUCGACCGCAAAAUGUGGUUCGAUGUCCAGCCAUCAACUGGGGCAAAUAUGGCAUUGUCGGUACCACCUUCGACAAGAUGCAUGCGGAGCAACUCGCUCGGCCGACUCUCAACGAACCGAUUAUGCUUACACCU